AUGGGCCAUGCCGUCCUUCCUGGGAUCCCCUGGCGAAAGGGAGCCGCAUCUCUCCUGGUGCGGGAGGAUGGAGCCAGCACACCAGGUGGCAAGAUCGCUGGUUUUGAUUUGAAUGACACCUUGGUCUCCAGCAAAGUUGGCGCACCAGGUUAUCAGGUGACGGUGUCAGAUUGGACAUUCUACAGCCCAGCGGUUCCGAAGAAAUUGAAGGAACUGCAUAAAGAUGGUUUUAGGUUGGUGAUCUUCACCAACCAAGGCAACAUCAGGAGCGCCUUGGACGGGAAGCGUUCAGCGACCUUCAAGGCCUAUGUGGAUGCCUUUCUGAAAGAUGUCGGCGUUCCCAUUUUGGUGUUGGCGUCCACUCAACGAGACGACUUCCGCAAGCCGAAGAUGGGCAUGUGGCAGUACCUAGAAACCAAGGCCAAUGGCUCAAUUUCUGUCAACAAAGAGCUCAGUUUCUACGUUGGUGAUGCAGCAGGAGCUCCUGGUGAGCACUCUGCAGAUGACGCUGACUUUGCCAAAGCCAUUGGUUUGAGGUUCAUCCACACGAAGGAUUUCUUCGGACUUCAAGGUGAGCUCACGGAGCAGCAGGAGCAGCGGGACACCCCGCCAAAGAAGGCUCCCCGUUUGGCAGCCCCGGGCGCCGCUUUGGCAGAGUCCAUUGAGGAAGGAGUGGACUUCCAACUACCGCAAGGUAAAUGGCCAGAUCCGCCACUGCUGCUGGUGUUAGUAGGUUUGCCUGGCUGUGGUAAGACCAGCUUCGCACAACGUUUGGGGCCCACAUUUGGAGGAGAUUCCAAGAGUCCAUCGCCAUGGCGCCGCGUAUGUCAAGAUUUACUUCGCAGUAAGGAGGCCUGUCUCCGCGCAGCUAGCGCCUGCUUGGACCAGGGUCUCUCAGUGAUCAUCGAUCGCACGGACAUCAACGUGGAACAGCGAGCACCAUGGGCCCAGCUUGCCAAGAGCAAGGCACCGUGCGAAUGGGGUGACGCAGAAAAUGAUUUCUUGCAGGGCGAGGCCACUAUGAAUUUCUAA